GCAUUUCAUCUCAGGAUUUAGUUUGGCGAUUUGAAUUGCGCMUGGAUCCUUUUUGCCAUCUUGCUGUCCCUAAAAUGUUCUGAAACUGUCCUUGCUCCAUGGCUGGAUUGCCACCAGGGUGAGGGUGUUCACUGCCCACUUUGAAGGUGGGCCCUUAUCUGCCUGUGUCCCUAACUGUAGCUCGAACAACCUCAGAUCCAGCUUUCUUGACUGAAUCCUGGUGUUCCUUGCCUGGAUACACUCAACAUUCCCUAUGGGAUGCUUCCAGCCUGCAGUAAUAAAAUAUAUAUGAAGGGGGUUCUCAUGUCCUGCCUGUGAUCCUGCAGAAAACCUCCAGGGACCCAGGCUCUCUCCUUUGGUGCCAGCUGUGGCCCAGGCUGCCCAGGGACUGCCCAGCUAUGGUGGUAGCCCUGUGUAUGCCUACACUCUGGACUCAGAGAUGGGGAGAUUCCAGCUCUGACUCUUUUCCUGUCCUCCUGUCUGGGGAAAUGCCACCUGGUUCUCCACGGUGCUGCCCUGGAUCAGUGAAGAGCUGAGAGAGGCCUGAGUCAAGCCCUGUGCCCUCAGAAGGACAGCGACCAGGUGCACAGCUGAUCACUCCAGGCCCAUCGCCUUCUGCAGAGGGUUCAGAGGUUGGCGGCCUGGCACCCUCCCCUGGGCUCAGGCUCAUGCUGGGCUGGUGUCGGAGUGCGGCGGAUGCUUCCUGGAGAUGUCCAGGGAGGAAGGGCCUGCGGGGAGGCCCAGAGACCUGCUGGCCGCUGUGGGUCCUGCAGGGAGCAGGGCAUCGCCCUGAUGAGCAUUUCUCAUCCUCAUUCCCAUGGAAUGCUGAGAGGCUUCCCGGGGUCAUGUGCCCAGGAAAGCUGGCCUGGGAGGGCCUGGAACCCCUGCCACCAGAGUCACCCUCAGGCACACAAGCACAGUUGGUACUGAAGCCCUGGCACCGGGAAGAUGAAGAGCAGUAGGGCCGGCUCUGCGCAGCCAGCCUACUUGGAUCGGGAAGAGCAAGGAGGCCUGGGCAGCAGGAGGAGGUGGGCACCAGAUGGGGCUUGCACCUCUGCUGCUACUGACCCCAACCAUGACCCGCGGAUUGGAAGGUGCCAGCCAAGCCCACUCCGCCAGCCAGGGCGCUUCCUUGGCAAACCGGGUAGGCGCCCACAGAGUGUAGUCCCUCAGACCGGCUGCGAGGGGACAGUGUCCUCGUGGUCCCUCUUCAGAGGGCUGGCUGCCUUCUGCUGUUCUUGGCUGCCCCUCUGACCUCAGGAUCUUCCUCUGGAGUCGGGGUUGCUGAGGCUGAGCCCUGAGCUCCCUGGAUCCUCCUCCCCUUCCCUCUUCACAUCUUGCCUACUCUUCCCUCUGCCCCUCCCUCCCUGCCCCCCAUGGCUUUCGGCCAGUUCUGGGCCUUAACUUUAUUCAGAAACUGGCAAAGUGAAUGAGCUGGAAGGCAAUCUGUCUUCUCCAACAACUCCUCUUUCGAGCUGCUUCCUGGCCAGGGAGGAGUGGUGGUGGGCAGAAGGGAGAGAACGCAGCCUGGGCCCGGAAGCCCAGCUCUGCUCCCUUCCAGCCGCGGGACAGUUCCUGCGGGGUCUGGAGCAGGUAGGUGGCCAGGGACCUUCGUGGUUGGACUCUGACCCUCAGUCCAACUUCUCCAGCUGGUGAGGGGAUCUGCCCGCCCCCGGACUUCAAGUUCUGCAAGGCAGAGCUCUGCUUCCUGCCUCCAGCCCCAGGCAGCGAGGUGCCUGGCACACAGUAGGCGUCCCGGAACUACCUGUGGUUUCAGGUGGGAGUCUGGCGCUCCCAGGAGGAACGCAGGGAUUCAGUGCAGUGGCGGCGGCGGCGCGGGAUGAUGGCGGCGGCGGSGGSGGGGGCGGCCCCUCCUCCUCCCGGGGGCUGUUUGCACGGACCGGGCGCCCGUGGGGCAGCUCGAAGCCCCCCGACCCCAGCAGGAGUACCCAGCAGCGGGGUGCGCACUGCGGGAGGGCGCGCUCCAUCGCGGCGCACAGCUACCAGCCGAGGUCCUGGAGGUUGGAUCCUAGGGCUCCGAGGGGACGCCCUCCUCGACCACCGACUCCAGGGGCCACCYGUCCCCUUCACUGUCCCCUUCACUGCCCCCUCCGCCCCGCCGCUGCACAAAUUCCUCCAAUGCCCCUCCCCUGUCCCCUCUGUCCCGCCCUUUCCCCGCCCCCUCCACUGGCCCUCUCCCAUCCACUGCCCCUCCACCGGGCCGGCCACGUACAGCCCCGCCAUCCCCGCGCGGUGGCUGCCGCCCGCGCCACGUGUGCCCGCGCCACGCGGCGUGCAGGGAAGCGCGGUCACGCCUGGCCGGGCCACCAUUUCCCGGUCGCCACGGCGUCGCGGACUCCCCAGCAGCGGCUCCCGAGCCCACCUGGUCCGAGGUGCCCCGCAGGCAGCCAUGAGCGGGUGCACAGAUCGCGGGGCGGUCGCAGCCCCGGCUCCGGCCCCAGGGUCGGUGCCUGCACCCUGCGCCUCGAAGGUGGAGCUGCGGCUCAGCUGCCGGCACCUGCUGGACAGAGACCCAUUGACCAAGUCCGACCCCAGCGUGGUGCUGCUGCAGCAAGCGCAGAACCAGUGGGUGCAGGUGGGCAGAACUGAGGUGGUCCGCAGCAGCCUGCAUCCCGUGUUCUCCAAGGUCUUCACUGUGGACUACUAUUUUGAGGAGGUGCAGAGACUGCGCUUUGAGGUGUAUGACACCCACGGGCCCAGUGGUCUGAGCUCUCAGGAUGACUUCCUGGGGGGCAUGGAGUGCACCUUGGGGCAGGGUGGCUGCAGCGUGGUAUCCACUGCUCGCAGCCCUUGCCCAGGCCCUCUCCUUCACCCUGUGCCACCUGUUCGAGUAACGAGCAUCUUUCCUGCUGCCGCUCGGCUGUCUCUGGGCUGGGCUUUCCACAGGCCUCGUGACUUGAGGAACAGCUUACAUAUUGUGGCCCAGAAGAAGAUGACCCGCCCGCUGCUGCUGAAGCUCGGCAGGACUGCCGGCAAGUCCUCCAUCACUGUGGUGGCCGAGGACAUCUCUGGGAACAAUGGUUAUGUGGAGCUCUCCUUCCAGGCCAGGAAGUUGGACGACAAGGACCUCUUCAGCAAGUCCGACCCCUUCCUGGAGCUGUUCCGCAUCAACAGGGACGGCAGCGAGCAGCUGGUCUACAGGACAGAGGUGGUGAAGAACAACCUCAGCCCUGUGUGGGAGCCCUUCAAGGUGUCCCUCAGCUCUCUGUGCAGCUGCGAGGAGACCCGGCCUCUGAAGGGCCUGGUCUGGGACCACGACUCCCGCGGGAGGCACGACUUCAUCGGAGAAUUCUCCACCACCUUCGCUGAGAUGCAGAGGGCCUUCUCGGAGGGCCGGGCCCAGUGGGACUGUGUCAACGCCAAGUACAAGCAGAGGAAGCGCAGCUACAGGAACUCCGGGGUGGUGGUCCUGGCUGGCCUGAAGGUAGGCGCGCCCUGCCUGGAGCUCUGUCCCGGGCGGUGGACCCUGGGGUGCCCUCCCAGGGGUCUCGCGUCCUCCCUGGAGGAGGGGCAGAGCCAGGGCAGAGGGAGGAGGAGAAGGCCGGGGUCCUCAGGGGAGGACAGGCUCCCAGGGCUGCCACAUGGGCCUGGGGGGGCAGCCCUGGGGGGCCCUGCUGAYGCCCCUGCCUGGAAGCUCCACAGGGUCCACUCCUUCCUGGACUACAUCAUGGGCGGCUGUCAGAUCCACUGCACUGUAGCCAUUGACUUCACGGCCUCCAACGGCGACCCCCGGAACAGCUGCUCCCUGCACCACCUCGACCCCCGCCAGCCCAACGAGUACCUGAGAGCGCUGGUGGCCGUGGGCGAGGUCUGCCAGGACUACGACAGUGACAAGAGGUUUUCUGCUUUGGGGUUUGGAGCCAGAAUCCCUCCCAAGUAUGAGGUGUCCCAUGACUUUGCCAUCAAUUUCAAUCCCGAGGACGAUGAGUGUGAAGGCAUCCAGGGUGUGGUGGAGGCCUACCAGAACUGCCUGCCCCAGGUCCAGCUCUACGGCCCCACCAACGUGGCGCCCAUCAUCUCCAAGGUGGCCCGCAUGGCGGCGGUUGAGGAGCGCACUGGCGAGGCCUCUCAAUACUACAUCCUGCUGAUCCUGACGGACGGCGUGGUGACCGACAUGGCGGACACGCGGGAGGCCAUCGUGCGCGCCUCGCACCUGCCCAUGUCCAUCAUCAUCGUGGGUGUGGGCAACGCGGACUUCACCGACAUGCAGACUCUGGACGGGGAGGACGGCGUCCUACGCUCCCCCCGGGGCGAGCCGGCGCUCCGGGACAUCGUGCAGUUCCUGCCCUUCCGGGAGCUCAAGAGCGCCUCCCCCGCGGCGUUGGCCAAGUGUGUGCUGGCCGAGGUCCCCAAGCAGAUGGUGGAGUACUACAGCCACAAGGAGCUGCCUCCACGUGGCUUCUGCAGCCUCCCUGGAGAGGCCAGCCCCCGCUCGUCUCCUGAGGACUCCAGGCACGGGGACUGUGACCAGGGUGCCCCCGCGGCCUCUGUUUCCAGCUCCGUUGGGGGUCCUUAAGCCCCUGAGGCCCCCAGAAGCCUCCUGCUCCAGCCCAGGCUUGUCCCCUCCUGGCGUCCUGUUGGCCUGGGAGGGCGGGAGAUGAAGGAGUCCAGGCCCUCUGGGGGGCACCCGAAGCAGCAGCCCCCAGGCCUAUCCCUGCUGGAGCCAGGGGUGGCUGAGGGUAGGACAGGCCUGGCAGGCCCUCCACGCCGGGGCUGUCCUGAGGCCCCACACCCUCCCGGGCAGACCCCUCUCUGCCCUGGCUGGACCCCUCCGCCUGCCCCUGCUGCCAUCCUGAGCGUCCUGUCCACAUCCCAGGGCCCUGGGGGUCUGAGGGAGCGUCGGGUCUAAUAAAGCCUCACCUGGCCCAGGA